CUUCAGUCUUAUCCAACCUCGUUUGUAAUCAACGUUAAUCGCAGUAAGCCGGAAAUAAAAGCAGCACUAUAUUCUCUUCUUAAUUAGACUGAUAAAGUCGAUCGGAAGAAAACGGCAGCAGAAAAAUGGUCACCUGUUAUCGAUCGGUGUGCUCCGGCCGUCAAAACGUGCCUACUCUGCUACAUGAACCGUUAAAUCAGCCCCAAUUACCUCUAGCCAGUGCAGCUGGGCUGGUCGAUGGCGUGGACAGCUUCCUGCGCCAGUUCGAGGCACGAUUAAACAGUUCAUGGCAAAACGCCCUUUUCAUUAAGUGGUACGCCGUGCUGAUCAACGUGGUCGAAGCGUGUUUCACAAUUUACGCAAUAGUCAAGUUGAGACGAGACAGAGUAAACGGAACCGGAAACAGUGGAUCUGGUGCAAUUAGCAGAUGUCUCUAUUUGCUAUCGAAACUGAUGACAGUACUAUCCAACGUGUUGGCAAUUGUUGGGAUAUUGAAGGUAAAGCACUUGGCCAAGAGUAACUACCUACUUCCAUAUUUCCUCAUACAUACGGUUGUUUUAGUUCUGGAGUUGAACUAUUACGUAGUCGGCACGGCACUUCGUUUGGGUUUACGCAAACCUGUAACACAAUCUUCCGGAAUGGUAGACAGAUCAAUUUGGCGAGCUUUGUCGAUGUUGGCGUUUAUUGCGUUUAACUUGCUCAUAAUGAUAGGAGCAAGAUUUGCCACGGCGGGUUCCAUAGCCAGUGCCGACCGAAUGUGGAGCGAAACAUGACAUUGGAGGCACCAAACGUGCAUUUUUGUGCUUACCUUUCAGUUCAAGUUCAUACCGAACACAACGAUUUUCCGGUCGCCGUUCGGUCAAGUUGUGGUAAAUUGAUUGUGGCAAUAUUAUGCACAUGUGAAAUGUAAUUUAUCUUCUGAAUACAUGAAAUUUGCUUGUAU